AAUCAGAUCUACACAGAGCUGUACAUCACAGAGGGAGAGAGUGGAGAGCUCAAUGAGGAACAUGAGGUCAGACAGAUUGAAACAGCAUCCAGGAAACCAGCCAGACCAGAAACACCAAUCAAAUGUGAAGACAUCUUUAAACCUUUACCUGGAAGAGAUCAACCAAUCAGGACAGUGAUGACAAAGGGAGUGGCUGGCAUUGGGAAAACAGUCUUAACACAGAAGUUCACUCUGGACUGGGCUGAACACAAAGCCAACCAGCAUGUCCACUUCACAUUUCCAUUCACUUUCAGAGAGCUGAAUCUGCUGAGAGGGAAAAAGUUGAGCUUGGUGGAACUUCUUCAUCACUUCUUCACUGAGACCAAAGAAUCAGGAAUCAGCAGGUUUGAGCAGUUCCAGGUUGUGUUGAUCUUUGACGGUCUGGAUGAGUGUCGACUUCCUCUGGACUUCAAGAACAACCAGAUCCUGACUGAUGUUACAGAGUCCACCUCAGUGGAUGUUCUGCUGACAAACCUCAUCAAGGGGAACCUGCUUCCCUCUGCUCGCCUCUGGAUAACUGCACGACCCGCAGCAGCCAAUCAGAUCCCUCCUGAGUGCGUUGGCAUGGUGACAGAGGUGAGAGGCUUCACUGACCCACAGAAGGAGGAAUACUUCAGGAAGAGAUUCAGAGACGAGAAGCAGGCCACCAGAAUCAUCUCCCACAUCAAGAUGUCACGAAGCCUCCACAUCAUGUGCCACAUCCCAGUCUUCUGCUGGAUCACUGCUACAGUUCUGGAGGACGUGUUGAAAACCAGUGAUGGAGGAGACCUGCCCAAGACCCUGACUGAGAUGUACAUCCACUUCCUGGUGGUUCAGUCCAAAGUGCAGAACAUCAAGUAUCAUGGGAGAGCUGAGACAGAUCCACACUGGACUCCAGAGACCAGGGAGAUGAUCCUGUCUCUGGGAAAACUGGCUUUUGAGCAGCUGGAGAAAGGCAACCUGAUCUUCUAUGAAGCAGACCUGACAGAGUGUGGCAUUGAUAUCAGAGCAGCCUCAGUGUACUCAGGAGUGUUCACACAGAUCUUUAAAGAGGAGCGUGGGCUGUACCAGGACAAGGUUUUCUGCUUCGUCCAUCUCAGCCUUCAGGAGAUUUUGGCUGCUGUUCAUGUCUUUGUGACAUUCAUCAACUCUGGAGUCAAUCUGCUGUCAGAAGGACAAUCAGCCUCCCAACUAAAACACCUCUACCAGAGUGCUGUGGACAAGACCUUACAGAGUCCAAAUGGACACCUGGACUUGUUCCUGCGGUUCCUCCUGGGUCUUUCACUGCAGACCAAUCAGACUCUCCUACGAGGCCUGCUGACACAGACAGGAAGUAGCUCACAGACCAAUCAGGAAACAGUCCAGUACAUCAAGGAGAAGAUCAGGGACAAUCCCUCUCCAGAGAGAAGCGUCAACCUGUUCCACUGUCUGAAUGAGCUGAAUGACCAUUCUCUAGUGGAGGAGAUCCAACAGUACCUGAGCUCAGGACGUCUCUCUACAGCCAAACUGUCCCCUGCUCAGUGGUCAGCUCUGAUCUUCAUCUUACUGUCAUCGGAAGAAGAUCUGGAGGUGUUUAACCUGAAGAAAUACUCUGCUUCAGAGGAGGCUCUUCUUGGUCUGCUGCCACUGGUCAAAGCUUCCAAGAAAUCUGUGCUGUCAGGCUGUCUGCUCACACAGGAAGGCUGUGCUUCUCUGGCCUCAGCUCUGAGCUCCAACCCCUCCCAUCUGAGAGAGCUGGACAUUUCUUUGGCAGGUGACUGUGCCCUGUAUAAAAACAUAUCAGUCACCUGCUGUUCACACCUGAGGAAGAUCCUGAGCAGACUAUCAAGAUCCGUGACGUCGCCCGGUACGGCGGAGCCGGGGCCCCACCCUGGAGCCAGGCCUGGGGUUGGGGCUCGUGAGCGAGCACCUGGUGGCCGGGCCUUUGCCCACGGGGCCCGGCCGGGCCCAGCCCGAACCGACGACGUGGGUCCAACCCGCUGCGGGCUCACCACCCACAAGGGAAGCCGUGAGGGGUCGGUGCUUUGUGGAUUGGGCGGCAGUCGAAGGCGAGGGCCUCGGCGACCCAAUCCCCGGAUGCAACGGCUGGCGAUGGGGACAUGGAAUGUCACCUCGCUGGGGGGGAAGGAGCCUGAGCUUGUGCGGGAGGUCGAGAGCAGUGCAGAGUACCCGGCCUUCUUGGAGUCCCUGGGAGGGGUACUGGAUAGUGCUCCGACUGGGGACUCCACUGUUCUACUGGGGGACUUCAACACUCACGUGGGCGACGACUGUGAUACCUGGAGUGGGGUGAUUGGGAGGAACGGCCUCCCCGAUCUGAACCCGAGUGCUGUUCGGAGCUGUGGCCGCAAGGUCUCUGGUGCUUGUCGUGGCGGCAAUCCCAGAACCCGGUGGUGGACACCGGAAGUAAGGGAUGCCGUCAAGCUGAAGAAGGAGUCCUACCGGUCCAUGUUGGCCUGUGGGACUCCUGAGGCAGCUGACGGGUACCGGCAGGCCAGGCGUGCCGCAGUUUGGGCAGUGGCGGAGGCAAAAACUUGGAGCUGGGAGGAGUUCAGGGAGGCCAUGGAGGAGGAUUAUCAGUCAGCCUCGAAGAAAUUCUGGCAAACCGUCCGGCGCCUCAGGAGAGGGAAGCAGUACUCUGCCGACACUGUUUACAGUGCAGGUGGGGAGCUGCUGACAUCGACUGGGGAUAUUGUCGGGCGGUGGAAGGAAUACUUCGAGGGCCUCCUCAAUCCCGUCGUCACGCUGAGUGUGUGUAAUCUGUCAGAGAGAAGCUGUGCAGCUCUGGUCUCAGUUCUCAGCUCUCAGUCCUCUAGUCUGAGAGAGCUGGACCUGAGUGACAACAACCUGCAGGAUUCAGGAGUGAAGCUGCUCUCUGCUGGACUGGAGAGUCCACACUGCAGACUGGAGACUCUCAGGCUGUCAGGCUGUCUGCUCACACAGGAAGGCUGUGCUUCUCUGGCCUCAGCUCUGAGCUCCAACCCCUCCCAUCUGAGAGAGCUGGACCUGAACUACAAUCAUCCAGGAGACUCAGGAGUGAAGCUGCUCAAACUGGACACAAACACAGCUCACAGAGCCAUCGUCCUGUCUGAGGACAACAGGAAGGUGACAGUGAGAGAGGAGCAGCCAUAUCCUGAUCACCCAGAGAGGUUUGACUGCUGGGAACAGAUCCUGUGUAGAGAUGGUCUGACUGGUCGCUGCUACUGGGAGGUCGAGUGGAAGCAAAGGGUUUAUAUGGGAGUGACCUACAGAGGAAUCAGCAGGAAAGGAAACAGUGAUGACUGUGGGCUUGGCAGGAAUGACAAGUCCUGGAGUCUGAUCUGCAAUGAUGAUGGUUUCACUGCCAGACACAAUAACGUAGACAAAGUCAUCCCUGUCCCCCUCUCUAACAGAGUGGCAGUGUAUCUGGACUGGCCUGCUGGCUCUCUGUCCUUCUACAGCAUCUCCUCUGACACACUGAUCCACCUCCACACCUUCAACAGCACCUUCACUGAGCCUCUGUACUUUGGGUUUAGAGUUUGGGCUGACUCCUCAGUGUCUCUGUGCGACAUUUGAGGAGUCAGAGUCGCCUCCUGUGUGAAGAAACACUGUAAAUAAAAAAUGACAUAAGUACAUUAUUACAUUAUUGGCUCCACAUUCAACAUUUUUUUAUAUAUUUUUAACCCAGCUAAUAAUGUAAUAACCACCCACCGUUGCAGGCUAAUACCUUAUUAAAAUAUGUGAUGUGAUAAAGCAUGAUAACAUAAUUAGUUCAGAAUUAUUAUGACAUUAUUGACCAGUUAUCACUUUACUGACUUUUACUACAGUAAAAAUAGAAAAGUUAUUAUGCUAUUGGCAAUUACAUCUACAGUGUGUCUUACAUUACUGGUUGUCUUUUGGUGCCACAGUAAUAUAUUUUAAGCCUUACCUUUUUUGUCAGUCCCCAUAUUGUGGAAAAUAAUUUCACUAAAGUAUGGAAUUUUUCACAUAGAACUCAUGAUAUGUAACCUGACAAUUUAUUAAUGUUAUUAAACAUACAUUUUUUUUUUUUUUUUUUAGUAGGGGAUUCAAUCCCUAUAGACACCAUUAUGUAAAUCAAAUUUAUUAUGUAACUCCAAUGUUGAUUAAGACAUUUUAAUGAUGUAAAACUCAGAUUGACUGUAAAAAUAAAAACUGAUCUUGGCCCCACUGCUCUUUGGACCAGCUCAGAUUAUGGAACUCUGACUAGUAACCAAAAUGAUAUAAUAAACCACUUCACUGCUUCAGAUUUGAGUUCAUUCAGAGUUAUUUUACAGAGUUAUUGAAGAACUAAAUGGGUAAAAGGGGACCAUCACUCAUCUUGCCUAAGUGGUGGAUUUUCAACCACAUUUGUUGGCGAGCC